AUGUCUGAAGCCUCCCUCUCAACAUACUACACCACAAUUUACCCCACGAAAUGUCCUCCAGACCCCAGAUUUUUAGUGUCGAAGGAAGGAUUAGCAUUCUGCUGCCAGAUAAUCGGCUUCAUCUCCCUGCCAAUGCAUUUUUUUACGGGGUACUGUAUUCUGAUGAAGACACCGGCUACCAUGAAGCAUGUCAAGCUGAGUUUGGUGAAUUUGAACAUUUGGUAUAUAAUUUCUCAAGUUAUCGUGUCAUUUUUCAUUACCUCCUACAACUUUUACCCUUCGCUAGCCAGUUUUUCAGUGGGCUACGCUACAGCGCUGAAUUUCCCUACAGUGGUGCAAAUUUGUAUUUUAUACACUAUCAAUGACGCUGUCCACGUAUCAAUUACCCUAUUAUUUGAAAUCCGUAGCAGCUUAAUUUUGAAGAAUAGAUUCAGAAUUUCAAGUUCCAGAGGUAGAGGUUAUUGGCUCGCUGGGAACUUUUUCGGAACAGUCUUUAUUACUUCACCGGUGUUUUUCAAUUUGGCAGAUCAGAAUGCAGAGAAAAUGAAGAUUUUGGAGGCCAUCCCCUGUCCCUCCAAGGAGUUCUUCCUAGAACCAAUCACCGUCUUUGCAACCUCCGGCGCCUGGAACACCUACCUCCUAAUCUCAAGAUCCCUGAAAAGCAUCUACAUGCUGCAAAUUAUAUUCUUCACUUCAUGCUGUAUAUACUACCUUGUCAUUGUGAAAACUGACCAAGUGUCUGCUCAAACUCGGCGGAUCCAGGCCAGAUCCUUCUACGGCUUGAUCAUCCAGACCCUCAUCCCAGCGGCUUUCACAUUGAUCCCAUCAGUCCUGAUUUCGAGUAGAUCGGCUCCUGAUCAGCUUGUUAACAAUUUGGUAUCAAUAUCUUACGCGGUACAUAUUGUUGUAGGUAGUUUAGCUAUUCUCCUCGUUCACCACCCUUACCGAUUGUUCAUAAAGUCGAUAUUUGUGAAAAGUAAGGAAUCUGUGAUUGUUCCGGUGGUUUCUACUUCUAUGUUUAAAGUUAUUAAAUAAAUUUUUAUU